AAAACUUCUAGAAAUGUGUUGUGUGUUAUUCUCCGAUUGUAGUUGAUGUACCUGGACGAGGAGAGGAAAAGGUAGGUCGAUGAAGUAUUGGGAAGAGAUGAUUAGAUAGGAUAUGAUGCAUUUUCAGCUUACCGAGACUUGACCUUAGAUAGGAGGGAAUGGAGGUCGCGGAUAAGGGUCGAAGGUUGGUAGGUAGUCGUAUGUUGUCUUAGUAUUAGUCUAUUCUUGUAGAGUUUGUAGUCUUUAGCUUGGUGGUAGUCUAGAGCGCUGUGUCUGAUGUUUAUCGUAGAUUAUCCUACUCAUGUAUUCUUUGGCUUUUGGUCUAUUUAAUCAUUUGUUGUUUACUAUAUGUAAGUGGUCGCACCUUGUUAGAUGUUACAGGUUCUUUGUAUAUAUUCUCCGCACUGUUCACAUAUUAGUUGUCAUGUUAUUACUUCACUGCCAUUUUUUCCGUUCAAUUACUACUUCUAUUUGCUUCCCUUGAGCCGAGGGUCCUUUGGAAACAGUCUCUUUUCCUAGGUAAGUUCUGCACACACUCCAUCCUUCCCAGGUUCCACUUUGUGGGAAUUCACUGGGUCUAUUGUUGUAUUAGAUCAUCACAUAGUAUGAAAUGAAUGGAGGUAGUAAUAACCACUAUUAAAAUUCAAAAUUUAACAAUUCUGUUUAGGAAAUAAAUGGUAGUACUUACCACUUGCGGUCUAUGUAGUAGGAAUUAAUUUUCUAACAAUAUUUUGCUUGAAAUCCAUUUGCAGCAAUUGAGUUUUUUGGUUUGUGUGUGUUUGUCUUAAUGGAGAUUAAAAAAUAACCAAUUUUGUGUGUGUGUGUGUGGUGGUGGUGGGGGGGGGGGGUAUGAGGGCGUAUCGAAAACAACAAAUUUUGUUGGGGUGGGGGGUUGAAGUAAAAACGACAAAGUCGCACACAAACAUAUGUAAUAGAUGAAAAUUUGGGUUGGAUUUCAUUUUUUUCUUCACACUUUCAGUAAAGGGUCGAGAUUAGUUGGCACAUGUCAAUGUGAAUGAAACUCUUCUUGCCCAGAUUUGACCAUUUUCAUUUCUCAGUAACGGAGUGAGCAAUUUGGGGGUUACACAUUUUUUGGCCAUUUUGAGUUGGUGACACAAGGACUAGUACCAUUGAUGUUUGUUAGAUACGAAUUUUUUUCUUUUUCUUAAAUUAUUAAUUUUGAGAUUGCUAGACAGGGUGGGUUGUAGUCUUUGGGGGUAGAAAAUAUAAAGGAGAAAAAAAAGGUAAAGUUAGCGAUAGAAAGCCAUACAAUUGUGAUAAAAAUGGCAAAAAAAUUACCUCAAUCUCUUUCAGUUGGCGGCGGCGGCGGCAGAGGAAGAGCGUCAUCGUUAUCUCAUGGUGGUGGGGCAUCGUCGUCUCAUGGUGGUGGAGCUCCGAUUAAUAUGGAUCACCAAAUGGAAGUUGUUGAACAACUUGUUCUCGAUCUUCGUUACCCUGUUCGUCGUGAACGCGCUCUUCUAGAACUUUCGAUGAAGAGGGAACUUUUUCAUGAUUUGGCGCCCUUGUUGUGCAACUCAUUUGGUACUUCCACUGUAUUCCUACAGGAGAUAAUUUCUAUAUACCCUUUUUUGUCGCCGCCAAACCUGACUCCUGCACAAUCAAAUAGAGUUUGUAAUGUACUGGCACUUCUUCAGGUAUAUAAUUUCCUUUUGGACUUUUUCUCAGUGAUUACUAAUCACUAAUACUGUUUCUGUUAUUCAUUCUUGUUUGUGAUCUUUAAAGUAAUGAGUUAUUGUCAUUAUGUGAUUUCUCUAUAUUGAUUAAAUGUUCUGCAUUAUGUGUAGAAAAUUGGAUAUGUUUGGGGUUGUAUUAACUGUGUCAAGAGAGUAGGUGCUCAAAUUUUCACUUUCCCUCGUAAAAAAGCUUGUUACUAGUUAAGCAAUUUAGAGUUUUUUUUUUCUUUUUUGGGGCAUGGCAAGUAUCACUUCCAAAUAUCUGUUGUUAUCAUAGUGUAAGUGCUUUUAGAUUAAAUUAUUUUCACUUUAUGCAUUAGUUAUUAAGGUUUUUUGCUGGUCAAGGUCAAAUCUUCCAUCCUUCCUACUGAAAUAGUU